AUGGAUGCUCUGCUAGUGACUACCCCUCCCGAGUCAAGCAUCUUUCCAGAAUCUCUGGACACGGAUUGGGAAAUUAGCGCUUUCAAUCCUCCAGACCACCUUGGUACUCCAGUGGGCAGCGGGAGCGAUCCCGGGGGUUGCCCUGAUUCUUCUUCUACUGUUGAGCUGGAAGACGAGGUUUCUACAAUAAAAAAGAAGACCAGCGGCGCAACUAAUACCAAUAAUCGUGUUGCAGUGGAACCCUCGGAUAGGAUCGUUAAAUUGGAACACACUAAAAACGAAGUAGGCCAGGCUGACAACAGUGCUUGCAACGACAAGCCAGAAUCACCAAUCGGUAUACCAGAGGGUAGCACUAUAGGGCGUCCAGCGGGACAUGCUGUGCCCGAAGCCAAUCGGCUUGGGAUCACCAGCGAUACAGCAAACCCUUCACCCACCGGUUGGGUGGAUGAACCUGGUUCACCGGAUAAUAGGAUCGACAGAUUCCCAGCUGCCAAACCCGCGAAUAGCCCGGCAGAACCUGAACACGAAAGUGGUGAGGUGGAUGAUAGUGCCUUUACAAUUCACCCUGUAAAUGGUGAUGGCGGAGCCGAAAUCAAUAAGGGUCAAGACAAUCUUUUCACCAAUAUUGACAACAAUCCUUCCGCAGACGAUUUUAGGUCUGCUAGAGUCUGUCAGAGAGGUACCGUUAGUGGACCGAAUGACAGGGCCAAUGUGGAGGGAUAUGAUAGGGAUGAGAGAGUCUAUGAUGAUGAACGAUCUUCUAUUUCCCGGAUUGUGGACUACCUCUUUGAGAUUGGAGCCAGUAUAGCUGGAGCCCCAUAUACGGCUUCUGGCGAUAAUCAUGAUAUUCCCACAAAUGGGCAUGUGUCUCCCAUCACUACCCAAAAACUUAGCCCUAUAAUACCAGAAACCAUUGACAAUAAAGUCCACCAUGUCGAAGUUGGCCAUUCCACCGCCAAGUGCGAAGAAUACCCUUCUGCCGCCUCAGGAAUGAGUGGGAAUGGUAAUGGCAGUAUGAAUAACGCAUCUUCUGGUCCUCAGCCCAUGCAUGGGCCUGUUAUACCUGGACCUAUCAAAAGAUGGUCUGAUAGUGCUGGCUAUGAGGUUUCUACUGGUCGACCAGAAAAUAACCUGGUUGCACCUGGGAACAUUGAGCCCGAAAAAAUCCCUGAUGAUACUAAUAAUGAGACCUUUAUUAUAGUAUCCACAGAUAUCUCGACCAUACCCAGAGCCAGUGAGAAACCGGCGGCUGAUUCCAGCGAUUCCAGCGACGGGUAUUCCACUAAUGGUGAGGACCUUGACACCAAUCACGACGCCUGGGAUUCUAGGCUUCUGGUAGCUAGUCAGGGUCCAUUGACACCCAGCUCUACCAUUUCCUCCCCCCAAGAUGAAGAGCUUCCAGGAUUCGAGAAUGAGUUAGAAAGGGAAGAAGGGCUCGAAGAGAGAAUUACAGUUUUCCAUGAUGCCGUCAGAUUCAAUGUUAAGCAUCCGUUGAUUAAUAAGUGGACUUUGUGGUAUACCAAGCCGCCUAGUGGAAAAGUUUGUUUUUACCCUUCCACCCUUCACUUCCCCUCCUCGCCCCACCGUCACUAAUUCAUGUUAAGUCUGGCGAAAGCUGGUCUGACCUCCUCAGAGAAAUUCAAUCCUUUGAUUCUGUGGAAGAGUUCUGGGCCAUUUACGUACACUCCCAAGCCCACUCAUUCUCAACACCCGUACUAACUCCCUACAAAGAACAAUGUCCCCACCCCCUCGACCCUCCCCAACAAAUCCGACUACCAGCUCUUCAAGUUUGGCAUCCGUCCCGAAUGGGAAGACCCGAACAACAAGCGCGGCGGCCGCUUCUCCUUCAUGUUCCGCGAAAGGCAUAACAUCGAUACGCAAUGGCUUGACGUCCUCCUCGCCACCAUCGGUGAGACUAUGGAGCCGGAGGGAGUGAGUGAAGUUCAGGGCGUAGUGGCCAACAUGCGCAAAGGGUUCACCAGAAUCAGCUGCUGGACCAGGACCACUGGCACUGGGUGGGGGGACAUGGACAGGUUGGCAACGCUGGGUAAGCACUUUAAGGCGAUUCUUAGGCUGAAGAAUGGAGAAAAUGUGGACUUUGCUGCGCACGACGAGAGUGCGAGUGCCGGGAGCGCAAGGGCUAGGGCCUCUUUUUCAAUUUAAGAUGGAUGGCUGAGCUAGCUCAGUUGGCCUGCAUGGUCAUGGCGAGAUUUCACCGAUUUUCUCGGAUCGGUUUACUAGAGUAACUGACUUCACCGCACGUGUAUGUCUAUCAAUCUAGCCUGUCUGUGGUUCCCUCCUAUCUUCCCUCAUAAUUUCGUCUUCUUUUUUUCUGUUUCCCCCCUCCCGAUUACCUGACUGUUAGAAUCGGUUCUAGGCAUGGGCACUCUUCUGCUAGCGUUUGUAUUCUACUCCUGUACUAGUACACCAAUUCGCCGUCACCCCUACGACUGAAAAAGUGGAGGUGCCAGCGUAAAAAUGUCACUUCAAGGAGCACCAUGCCAUCAAUGUAGCAUACGUUACACCCUCACUAACUCGAGCCAAAUCAAACCGAAUCCCGCCAC